AUGGCUUUGUGGAGAGAUUACCAAAAUUUUAUUUUGGCUUCUGAUUCUCAAGAGGCAGUGUCGCUUGUUACUGGAUCUGGCGAAUGUUGGAGCAAUCUAGGCAAUCUGGUUGAAGAUGUGAGGAAUCUAUUGGUGCAUUUGCAAGUGUGUGAAGUGCGCCUUUUUUGGCUCACUUCGGCCUACGUGAACGGCGGCGAUUGUUUUGGGCUGGUUGACGCUGAUGGUGAAUAG